AGCAUGCUAAUGAAUCAGUGAUUGUGACCAAUUUUUGAUGUGCUACAAGAUUAUUUUGCAACGAGGAGUGCAGAGAGGAUAGGAGCACCAGGAAGAGGGUACAUAAGAAUGAAUGUCACGGAAAAUAGUUUAGUGAACGAAUUGAAAGGGUUAGUCCACAAGAAAAAUCGAGUUCCGCAUCUUUUCUUUUCCUACAUGAAAAAUCAAACGUCCACCACGGCAUUUCCGGGCAUUGUGGGCAAUGCGAGUGAAAUUCCGGGCAUUGAGGGUGAUGAUUUCGAUGUGGAACUCUUUGAGGUAACACAGCAAACAACAAAUACCAUCCUCCUGGGGAAGGAUAAAGUGACCAGAUUCUACAUUUGCAUCAGCAUUGUCCUUGGUAUCUCCAUUCUCAUCACAAUCUUCGGUAUAAUCGGUUAUGUCUUCCACAGGAGGCGAAGCUUUCAGGAGAUGGAAAUGCAAACAAGGAGUGCCUCAAGGAGAAGAUCUCGAGAUAGGAAAACGGAAACUAGUCCUCUAGCACACUAAUUAGCCAACAUAAUUGUGUUUUUAUGGAUAAAGUACAGAAGAGAAUUCAAAUAAACAUAACCUCAAAAGUGAAAACUUACGUUUUGCCGGAGUGCUUGUACCCAAUGUACUUGUAUUAUUGAAGAACGACAUU